GUGUAAAGGCUCCCAGAAUCAAAACAAAAAACCUCAUCUCAGUAAUCUUCUGCGAAGCAGUGGCAAUCUACGGACUGAUUACUGCCAUUGUUUUAUCGGGCUAUUUGGACAAUUUCACUUGGGACCUGGUGGUCAAAGACGACAGCUUGAAGGCCAAGAAUUGGCUGUCUGGAUAUUUGAUUUUCGGCGCUGGAUUAUCAGUAGGCACAGUGAAUCUACUUUGCGGCAUCUGUGUGGGGAUUGUUGGGAGCGGCGCAGCCUUGGCGGACGCAGCAAAUGCAAGUUUGUUCGUGAAAAUCUUGAUUAUAGAGAUUUUCGCCAGUGCAAUUGGCCUCUUCGGACUGAUCGUCGGCAUCUUCAUGGUGUCGAAGGUUCAGAUGGGCGAUAAAAUCCACUAAAAAUCUUGAUCUAGAUGUACGUUUAUGUAAGUAAAACCCUUCGGGUUCGGAUGGUGAAAACCUGGGGAAUACUCAUACUCGCUAGGAGUCUAUGGCUACUAACUUAAGGAUUGAUGUACUUAGUUGCACUGGUUCGGUUGGCGGGUGAAAACUCAUUUUUUCCAACUUGAGCUGUUCGUUAUGCGACGCCAAAGAGCCGCUUCUAGUUGCUAGUGUUUUAUAUAGGAGCUAAGAGAACAUUUUUAUUUCUGUGUGCCCAACAAGUCAAGUAACUUAAGUGACAUAAAAGCUACGUUAAUUUUAAA